AUAUAUAUAUGUUUUUUUAGUGCUGAUUCCUUCCUCAAGCAGAGCUUGGCAGAUUUAUUACAGAUGAGAUGCGGACAAGCAGUGACUUGAAAGAGGAUUGAGACAGCCGGCCUCACUGCAGUCACUCCCAUGGUUUUAGAGUUGUGCCAGACAAGCCUAGAGACUGGCAUGGACAUGAUUUUGUAGAAAUUUAGUAGAAUUAAUUUUAACUUAGAUUAUCUACUCUAGAUUUGGAAUUGGGAUUCCAGUUAUCAAAGCUUAUCUAUGGCAACUUAAAACCCUAAAAAGAUUUAGUCAUCUACAUGUAAUUUACUACGUGAACUUUGACUUCCAUACUAAAUAAAAGAGAUGGUGCUUCAAGAUUGUUUUCCUGGCUCAUACAAAAGAAGUUCUUUACCAGUAGUGGAGUGCUUGCAGUUUCUUCUCCUCUUUGUGUUUUGCUGUCCACUAAAUGUACGUUGGUGGAAACUGCUGUCACUAAAAACACCUUACCUAUUGCACCCAAAGUAUAAUGCUUUUUGAGGUUGCUGCUCCCAUCAAUCUGCUCAGUAAAAGUAGCUCAUCUUGUAAUGGAGGAGAAAGUUCGAGUCGCAGCGCAGAGAAACGGGCAGCUAAUGAAGAAGCCGAAGACUUCACCACAAAGCCUGCUCCUGCCAAAAUGUCCAAGUUUGGAUUUUCCAUAGGCAGUCAGACAACAAAGAAGGCAUCUGCAAUAUCCAUCAAACUAGGAGCAAAUAAGCCUAAAGAGCCUGUUCCAACCCUGGCUCCAAAAACCCUUUCUGUAGCAGCAGCUUUCAAUGAAGAUGAAGAUAGUGAACCAGAAGAAAUGCCUCCAGAAGCCAAGAUGCGCAUGAAGAACAUUGGAAGGGAUACACCAACCUCAGCAGGACCAAAUUCCUUCAAUAAAGGAAAGCAUGGAUUUUCUGACAACCAGAAGCUAUGGGAACGAAAUAUAAAAUCUCAUCUUGGAAAUGUCCAUGACCAAGAAAAUAACUAAAUGAUGUGGAUUACCAGUUGGGUGUUUGGGGGGAGGGGAGGGUGUAAUGUUAAAGGAACAGUUUCCUUUUUUAAGAAUGGUAUGAGACUAUCUUUGGAGCCACUUUUUUAAAAUUUUGAGUGGUACACUAAUGAAUUAGUUUGAAAUUAGAGGUAAUUUAUGUUUUCUAUACAGAUUUCAAGGCAUUUGCUAAUUUUGUAGUUCAUGUGAUUAGUUUGAAAAGGUUACAGAUAAUAAAGAAAUUGGAGUGGUACCUUUUUAAGAAUUUUUUUUUUUGGUCAGUGAUUAAAUAAGGUGGAUGAAAAAGGUUACUGUCUCUUUAAUCAGGUUAAAAUUGAAUGCUCGUGCAUUCUCACUUCUGGCUCCCUCUUCAUAACAGGAGAAACAGUUGACUUCUAGGAAUUCUGCUAAAGAGAGAGCAUUGUUUUGUGCUAGAAGUGUUACUGGACUAUUAAUUUGAAUAUAAUCUACACAGGAAAUAAUAAGAACCUGGAUUUUUUUUCUCCCUGCAGUCACCUUUUGUUAAGUCUCUGCAAAGUAGGAAUUAUGUUGCUCUGAGUGGCUCUGGUAACUUAGUUCUAAUUUUGUUUUAAACUUCAUGUAGGAUGUGUAACCUUCUGUGGCCUGUUUCAUCCUAAGGAAAUGGGCCUUGUCUGUAUAUUAGAUACAGUCUGUAAAGAAUAUUCACUACAAAGGUAAAUCAGUAUUUUCAGUGUGCUCCUCUUAAAUCAUUAGCCUUGAGUAGUGCUUGUUAGCAUUUCCUAGUGGUACACAAAAGCCACCACCAAAAAUACAAGCUAAUGUACAUUAAGCUUCACAUUUGGUUGAAAUAUUUUUCUUUACUAUGCCUAGAAGGAAUAAAAGCCACACCAAAAAUCAGUAACUCACUGCUUAAGUAUGAAAAAUCCAAGAUGCACUUUCCCUGUCUUGCCAUUUAAAACAAAAUGUCUUGAUGCUGUGAUCUCAGUGGACACUAUCAGGUCAAAGAAUACUCUGUCUGCAGUUCUAAUGCUUCUAACAAGUGUCGACUUCAGAAAUAAAACUUGACCUUUUCCUGCCUGUCUGCCUUUUGCAGUGAUUUUCAGCCAUGACAGUGCUGUAGGAUUUUAGUAAUGACUUUCUAAAUUUUAGUCUAAUCUAGAUUGCAUAUUUCUAAAACAUGGUACUAUCAGAACUGGUUAAACAAAUUUAUCGACAGCAACACCACCACCUGCAUUCCCCCUCCCCCAAACAAGCAUAAAGUUUUUUUUUAAACUCAAAUACCUGAUAGUGUCAACUCCUAAAUUAAUUUCAGCCAGGAACUGGUUGUAGAAUUCAGUAUACAAAUUGCUUUUAUCCUGCCUCUAAAACCUUCAUACUGAAGUUGAACCUGCAAGUGCAGAAAGGAAAGUGCAUCUUGAAGUGUAUUUUUUUAUUAUUAUUAUUAUUAUUAUUUUAGGAAAGCUCUGACCACUUAGACUUUUGAGUUUGUAAGUUCUAAAAAAUAUUUUUUUGUAUUUUUGUAUUGUAUGUGUAAUCUUUUUUCUUUUGAAGUCUGAUGCAGUUGAAUACCUGUAACUGUUUUCUUUAAAAGCCUUGUUAUAAACAUAACAUAAAAAUGUAUACAUUAUUUUUUUUUCCAUAGCAGAAAUACUUGGUUUUUUUAAAACAAAACACACUUCCAAAACUGAUUUGCAGGACUUCCAAAACAGAUUUGGGCAUUACUGGAACCUGGCAAGGCAAACUUUUCACUUAUUUUCAUCACAUGUGGUUAUGUUUGUUGAAAUAAAUCCCUUUAAGAUAGUGGUAAUUCAUAGUGAACAGCUAUUUUCUCGUGCUCCUUAGUUGCUCCAUAUUAUGUUGAUCACCUGUAUUAGGAAAAAAGCAAAACAGAAUUUUGAAUAAGAAGAUAGCUUGGAGAUCUGGUAAUUUUUUAGUUGACCUACCACCGCUGUCUUCCACAUCUGGGGCUCAAGGAGACACUCAUAUCCAGAGUUUCCUUGUACGUCAAAAUCAUUUAGGAAAUUGCCAAGCAGAAGAGCAGACACACUAGGAAAUACCUUCCAUGCAAGUGAGAGAGCAAAAGUUAUAUUUGUCUAUCUUACUCCUAUGGUCAGUAAAUAAUUAUAGACUGGGAGAGACUGCAGAAGCUUCUAAAGCUCAGUGAUCCUGCCUCACCUGAUGCAAGUGUUCUCUUCCUGAUGCUUCAUGGAAGAGAACUGAUGAAGGUGACCUCAGUCCCUGUAGGACUGAGUGCCGGACACGCUGGAUCUUGUAGCUACGAGGUGUCUGCUGGUGUUUAAUGUCUGACACUUGAAAGAACAAACUGACUGACCUGAAAGGCAAAUGUUACCUAGGAAUUCACUUGAAGCUGUGGGCUGUUGUUAGAAUAUUAGAAUAGUCAUGGUCUUUGUGUGCAGACAGCCUCUUUUUUUGUUGUUUUUUUUUAAUUUUUUCUAAGAAUGUUCAAGAAUUCUGAAACUCCUGGUAAACUAUCUGAUUUAGCUGUCUUUAAGUGCUUCCAGGAGGUGUGCUGAGACCAUUAAUUGCUUAGAAUAGCAAGGCAUGUAUAGCUGUCAGUGGUUGAAAUGUCUAUCCAUCUAACUUGUGUAGUUUUAUCUCAGAAGGCUUAUGCUUGCUUAGCAGGAAUUAGCACCUGAGCAGCCUGCAGAACGCUGAAGACAGGAGGUGAUGUGAGGAGUUACCUGGUAACCUCCUCUGUGCUACCCUGCAGCUGGGCUGUUUUAGGCCUGCUGGGUUGUAAAUGAAUCCAAACUCAUCUAAUGAUAACUACAUUAAAAUAAAAUUAAAAAAAAAGAAUCUAAAGAAAAAGAACCAAAACAAACAAAAAAAGGCAAAAAAACCCCCCAAAACCCAACCCCAGAACAGUGCAGUGUACUACUGCUGGCAGUGUUUCAGGCAAUCCUGGGUGUAGCCGCUUGACUAAUUUCACUCCUCGGGGUGUGAGAGGUGCACUGUCCAGAUUCUCAGAAUCAAGAUUUUAGAAGGAAGAAGUCCCAGCCAGCCUGUCUCUAAGGUGCCAUUUCUCAGGCUUGUGCCAUGUCAGGGAUGGCCAGUCACAGGAUACACUGACCUUUAGCAAAACCAACUCUCUGUGUCCCACCAUGAGCAUCACGGCAGCAGCCACAGCUGCUGCCAGAUGUGUUGUGCUCCGUCUCUGUGUCUGCCGGGUUUGCAGAGCACCCCUUGACAGGACUGUGCUGAGCUCUGUGUGCUGGCUGUGGCUUUACCAAAGUUUGCUUUGUGAAGAGACUUGGAGGAAAAGGCAGCCUCUG